AUGCAGUUUCAGUUGUUGAUCUUGACUGUGUUCACUGUAGCCUUAUCCUGCGCCACUUUUGAUCAGUUUUUCACUGACGUUAACUCCUGUUUGCAUGUUUGCACUAAUACCUAUCUGACACAGGAAGAGAGCAUCUCAGCAUGUAGAAGAGGUUGCCGAUUAUUUUAUGUGUGCAAAUUCAGCCGUAAUCACCAACAUCUUAAUGACACAUGUAUUGAAUGCAUUAAUGCCUGUCAUGAAGCCUAUACAAACAAUACAGCACAGAAUGCUGCAUGCAGUCAUGGAUGCAGUAGUGCAUUGCCAGUUGCUGCCAAACGAGAAGAAGAGAAUGAAAAUUCUGAGCCGAGCAUUCAUUUGCUGUAUCCAUUCCUUUAUGUCCAUGGCCUCUACAGUAACAUGAUAGACAAAGUCUAUAAACAAAUAAGUGUCAGUUGGUCAUUCUACAUGCAAGGAGAUAAUGGAAACCUGGUGGUUAUGCGCUCUAAGCCAAAGGUCUAUGUAGACUAUCGCACUUACAAUGGGGAUGAAUAUCGUACAUCCAAUUAUUUAGAGACCAACAUUGAAUCUGGCAAUAAUGUGGCCACUCCACAGCUUAGAAACUCUCAGCUUCACCCUGGUAACAGCCAAGGAUCUGAUGAUGAAGUUAACCUUUCUCUUCAUGACUUAGAUGGCCAGAGCGCUGAUUGGUUGGCUUGUAUCUCGCAGAAGAUUGGGAUGCCUAAGAUGCUUCUUACUGCUCUUGUGUUGCUGUGUGCAGUUGUUAUGAUCUGGCUUUGCCUUACUGCAGCAGUCACUGCUCCUGAACACAGAGUUUCUUCAGCACCACAGAAGCUGAGUAUCUACGGUGAUCUUGAUUACCUGAUUGACUUUGAGCAAAAAGAUCUUUGGACGGUUUGUGUGGCACCAUCAUCCACUUCAUUCUGUUUCCAUUCUGUGCCUGUCAGAAGAAACCCACUUUACCAACUUCCUGCCUGA